AAAACACAAACCCUCUCUAUUCACUCUGCCUUUCACGUUAUCAAUGAAGGUGCCUGGAGGGGAAAUGGGAGGUAAGACUAACGCACUUAUUCGCUCACUUACCCUCUGACCCGUGGCAGCUUCGGCUGUAUUGGUGAUCAGAGAAAUUUUAUGCGGCGAUACAUACUCUGCAGCCAAAUUCGGCUUGGCUGAUGCUUUUGACUUUCGGGAGAAGGCUAUACAUGGCAACUAAACUUGUGACACUGGCUUGCUCUCACUACCCUGGCGUUAUGGUGAAGCGAGUCGAAUGUCUUCAUGGGUGAGACCAAGAUACCUUGAGUACUCGUCUUGCACUUCCAGAACGCAUUGUAAGCAUUCUGCUCGGACAGUGCCGCAUCAUCAUGCACAGUAAACAACGCACAGUGCGCGUCGGGCUUUUGCAGAACCCGACCCUUGGUCUAUCCACUGCCGUCUCACCCGUGACCGUGAGACUACCGACUUCUCAUGAAUGAUGAAGUGUGUAUGUCAGAAGUCUUCAAAAGACUCUGUCCUUCAGUUUUACUCAUCCGUACAAAGCCUCUGCUAUGUUUGACGCAUCGGGUCAAGUCUUCAAAGAGGUCGUUGCGCCGCGUCCUCCGGAUGCUUACCAAAACGGCCGGGACUGGUCGCGGCGGACCGGCCGGCUACCCCGUAGAGGCCGCGGCGGGCAAGGGAGGAAGGGGCCGAGAUCGUUAGCCGACAUGGCGAUGCACACGGUGGCGGAAAAUAUUGGCGACGUGACAGAACAGCACCUGGCCCGCGAGGACCUGCCCAAGCGGUACCUGUGGAGAAUAUGGCGCCUGCUGGAGAACCGAGGCGUAUGUUUUCAGGCGUGGAAGGUUCUGUCCAAAUUUUUGCUCGCCGAGGACGACGAGAAGACGCUGGGUCUCUACCGCUACCGCCAACAUAUUUGUCUGCCAAGCGAGGACCUCCGGCACUACCUCAAACCGCUCGAGUCUCCCGCCGUCGAUUUCGUGACGCAUCUUAACAUCACGGGAGCAUGCUCUUUCGCCGAGAACGAGCUGCUGGCCCUCGCGCGUCUGAGAAACCUUGCCGUCCUCGAGAUCAUCCAGCCGGCGGACGAGCUGAGCCUCGCCUUCCCCAAGGUCGACGAUCGCCUCGUCAGGGGCUGGUCGGAAAUGGACGACCCCUUCCCCUUGCUGCGGAUCCUUAGGCUCUGGGGCGACGAGUCCGUCAGCAGACACUCCCUCAGACAUGUGUCAAAGUUCCCAUCCCUCGCUCUGUACGACGUCAACGCGUCGCGAAGCGAUUGGAGGGGGGCCGUGGACAUGGCACUGGGUGAGGGCUGGGAGAUGGAGGAACCUUUGCACGGUCCCCAGGACUCCCUGCUGUGGUACCUGAUGCUCUUCGACUCCGUCGAGGAGAGCAAACCGAGACAGCUGCAGGGCCUGGCCCGGAACAUCGACGACGGGCUGAUGAAUUUCUGCCAGAGCAGCGACCAGCCCAUCCAGUUUGUUCCCAGCCGGGACACGCCGCCGUUUCUCGACCACCUCGGCGACGCGGCCAAGAGAAACCUCUCCAUGUACGUCGACGUGCCGGGCUACGAGGCCCAGACGUGCAAGGGUUUUCCCUUCGAGACCUGGGCCUUCUGGCUGUACUCCUUCAUUGGACAGUUCACAAAGGACGAAGAUCUGAAGAGGGCCGGCCUAGAGGUGGGGCAAAAGACCGUGUCCGAGCAGCUGGUGCUCCCGUCCAAGCCGCUCGCCUGUCUUCAAUUGGGUCAUUGCGGUUCCGCAAGGCCGACAGGUAUUGCACCCGCCGUGUCUUAUGUUCGCCGGGGGCUGUUUGCGACGUCGAGAUAUACCUUCUUCAGGACUUCAUCGUCGAGUACCAGACAGGCGUCUGCGAGGAAGACGGCAGAGCUGAUGAAGCCUACCGUCCAGCUUGGGAAUGUGGAGACAGGCCUGAAUCCGAAUCGGAAGAAGCGGCGGCGACUUGAUGAUAUUUUGCAAUCCUUUAUGGGCUCAUGAU